AUGGACAAUAACUCAGAUCAAGAGGACAGGUUGUUCUCUUCUGAAGGGAGAGCUGGCUUUGUUCGUCUGGGGACGAGAUCUAAGGUUGACGAUGGGGGAGACUCUGGCAUUUUAAAAGGACACCGUGGUCCGAACCUUGGAAAGGGACCGUUAAUUAUGUCAGCCACUCCAGCCGCACCAAGAUCAAACUUUUCCCGUGACCCAGCCCGCUCCAGCCAAUCAGAACCUGCAGAGCCUGGGCCAGCCAUGCUCGCAAGCCCAACGGUCCCUCCUCAAAGUGGGUCGACCCAGGAUUUCAAGGGGCUGAAUCAUGUUUCGCCUGCCACGGGGCACAAGUGA